GAGAAGAGCUUGAAAGGGUUGGGUGGUGGACGGAUUGUUUGCUCAAGGUAACGACAGCAUGGAAGAAAGGCAAAGCGAUGUACCCUCAACAAGCAAAUUGUUGUUGGGCAACGACACUAUUUUUGGAACCCGGGGUCAGUGGUCUUCCGAGCGGUGAAGACGCUAUCCAGAUGACAUGCCCUUCGUGCAGCAAGGAACAUCCUAGUUUUGCUUUCGUAAAACUUCCUUGUCAACAUAGCGUUUGCAAUCUCUGCGCUUCUGUAUGCGAUCGCACUCAGCUGUGCUCAGUUUGUAUGAACGAUUUCGCUGUUUAUCCGUCUCCUAACAGGCCGCCAGUUUUCCAGCUAUUUCCCGAAACAUCGUCAAAUGUCUCGUCAAUAUCUGUCGAUGCAUCAUCUUCAAUAUGGAAACCACUCACCCCGCGUUCAAUGGCUAGAACAGAUUUUCGGCCUCCUGCUCUGGUGAGUAAGGGAUUUAUAGGUUUUGAGUUGAAAUAUUUGCAGAGGAUUUCAAAAUGCGCCUUGUUUGUCUUAAAUAACGGUACUUUUAAGUUUCGUGGGUCGCCAUCAUCUGUUCUUUCUUCACAACAUUUGUCGACUUCUUCUCCGUCUGAAAGUGGGAUAUACGGGGGAAAGCCAUUACUCUCAACAAUAUCGAAAGUUAAUUCGCCAAAUGCAGUGAAUAACAUCUUUGCUUUGACUUCAAAAGACGAAAUAAAUUGGAAUCCUGUUUCCGAAACAGAACUCUGUUCAUCUUUUAAUUUUGCACUUCCAAAGUGCACCAUGUGCAACGAGGUUCACAUGGUUGAAAAAUCAGUUUAUUUUACAGUGCGAAAUGCGUUCGCAAGCGUACGUUGUGUUCAGUGUGGGGACACCCUAUGCAACGAAUGUGUUGUCGCUCACAAUCGUGUUCGAAUGACUAGAGAUCAUGAUCUUGUUAGUCUAGAAUCUUUUUACUCUGGAAUGACUGUUCCACUGCAAUCAUCUUUAAAAAAUGAUGGUACUCGACGGGAGGAACGUGGGAAUGAAAACUGCGAAAGUCAUGAUUUGACUGUAAUUUGUACAUGCGUAAGUUGCGGUGGUGCGAAUUUAUGUAAAUUAUGCAUUUCUUCUCACGCUAAACAUCAGGUCGUGCCAUACGGAGAUUUACGUACGUCUUUCAACGGUCUGGUUUCCAGUACGAAGCAUGAUCAGAAAGAUAUGGAAGAUGCACUUGUCACGAUCCGUAGGAUGGCGGAUCGUGUUGAAGCGUCAGUCCAGGCUGUUGGGAGAGAGCUACGGUCAGUCGCACAUUUAUUGAUUAGCGCAAUCGAAGACAGGAAGCGGAUUCUGAUGCAAAGGGUUGAUACGAUUAGACAAAGCAAACUAAGUACAUUACAGCUACAAAGCGAGCAAAUAAAUUCACGUCUUACAGCUUUGAAUGAAGCUUUGCAGAAUGCCCAUACAGUAUCCCUCUCGGAAGAUGCUAGCGAAAGUCAGAUCCGAAAUGCUUUUGAAGCACUUUUAUCGGUGUUGCGAGAGCCGAGGCUAAUUUUAGUUCCAAAUGAAACUGAUCAAAUAAAAUUUGUUCAGCCAGAUGCAGCUUUGGUUAAUAAAAUACGUAAUAUGGGGGACUUGGACAGUGGGCCAUGUGCUCGAACAUCUCACAUUGUCGGUGAAGGAUACAAACGUGCAAUUCGAGAUAGGAUGUCUACUAUAAUAGUUCAGCUUAGGGAUGCAUGUGGUGAUGUUUGUACAUCGUCAUCAAACGUUGAUUUAACCGCCGUAUUUUUGAAUCCAAGUAUGCAAGAAAUUCAGACGCGUGUCAUCGACCGUGAGCCUGGAGUUUACGCAAUUAGUUAUUACCCAGUUGAUGAGGGCAACCACUUGUUGGACAUCCGUUUGCGUGGAGUCUCAAUAAGUGGAUGUCCUGCCGUGGUUCAUAUACGUAAAGGCCGCAACUAUGCUGCAAUCGCUCGUAACGGGCCUAUUCUGUCAUUUGGAGGUGAAGGUUCAGAGGAUGGCAAACUCUGUCGUCCUUGGGGUAUUUGUUGUGACUUAAAGGGGCGCAUAAUUGUCGCGGAUAGAAGCAAUAAUAGAAUCCAGAUAUUCGACAAAGACGGUACCUUUUUACUGAAAUUCGGAUCUGCUGGAUCCCGUCCUGGUCAGUUCGAUCGUCCGGCAGGAAUAGCCGUGAAUUCUCUAAAUGAAAUUGUGGUUGCUGAUAAGGACAACCAUCGAAUACAGGUUUUCAACGAGUCAGGAACGUUUCUGUUGAAAUUUGGUGAAAGGGGUAGAUCACCGGGGACUUUUAAUUAUCCAUGGGGUGUAGCUGUCAACGCCUAUAAUGAAAUUGCUGUUUCAGAUACCCGCAAUCGGAGAGUACAGAUUUUUUCGUCACAGGGUCAAUAUUUGCGCAAAUGCGGUUUUGAUUCUGCAGUUUACUACAAAAAUCUUGACUCUCCACGAGGAGUUUGUUACAUGCAUGACGGUCAACUUUUGAUAAGCGACUUCAACAACCAUCGUCUUGUAUUAAUUUCUCCAUUAUCUCCAAGUGAAUUCAAGUGUUAUGGGAGUGAAGGGCAAGCAGAGGGUUAUUUUUGUCGUCCACAAGGGAUUACUAUGGAUAAUGAAGGACAUAUUCUUGUUUGUGACACUCGUAACAAUCGGGUUCAGGUCUUAAGUGCUGAAAAUUUUCGAUGUAUUGCUUCAUUUGGAGGUUCACCAAGCUCGAAAUCGUCAUCACCGCAGCAGACUGGAUCUUCUAAAGGUGCGGUAGACUCUUAUUUUGGGAUACCUCCAAAUAAAAUGCCAUCAUCAUCAGUUGAAACAGCGAUUCCGAUGCUAGACCGUCCGACAGACCUUUGCGUUUCUCCAGAAGGUCUUAUUUACGUGGUAGAUUUCGGUAGCAAUUACAUACGCGUCUAUUAAGU